GGGGUGCGGCGCGGUCGGUGCCGCUCGGUGGUGCCGCUCGGUUGUGCCGCCCGCGGCGCUGAGGCUGCUGCGGCAGCUGCUGGAGGGCGCUGGGCUCUGCUCGUGGAUCCCCCUUGGCGGCCACCGCCUCUGCCGGGCUGCCCGUGGCCGGCUCAUCUCAGAGAGAUACAGAGUUGUUAAUUACCAGGCUGUGUUUCCUUUAGAAGGUGUGUUACGAAUGAAUAAGCUGUAUGAGGUGGAAAGACAGGAUGGAAUCUCUGACUCCUCCACCAGACUCAAUAGAUAAGAAAUUGAAGAUAACUCAUGUAGAAUGCCAUCCUGAGUCCUUGGUUAUAGUGUUCCAGGCUCAAUACAAUGCAGGAUGUGAGCUUGAUUAUUACAUACUACAAAAUGAAAUACAGCGUGUGUUCAAAGUAAAAGAUGAUGUCUGUGUUGGUGGAUCUUGCUUGGUGGAAGACACAGAUGGAGAAUGGCAUAGAGGAAGAGUUCUGAGAAAGAAAGGGAAUAUCUGUGAGGCUUUUCUUAUAGACACUGGACAUGUGUUGGCUGUUGAGGAAACACAUCUUGCUGCUGCUUGUGAUGAAUUGUUUCAGCUGCCUCCGAAGGUGGUUUUGGGUGUUUUUGCAAGCAUACUUCCUCUUGGAGAAAGAUGGGGUCCAAAAGCCAUUAACUAUUUUUCAUCUCUGGUGGGAUUACAGAUCACAGGUCAUGUGAAGGCUGUUACACCAUAUCAGCUGUUUAUUCUAGAAGUGCCUAAGAUUAUUACUGAUGUUCUUGAACUGCAGCUAGGUAAAUUUAUUGAUGGAGAUUCAUUUUGCCUUGUUGUAGAAACUUUAGGAGCAUUGCCACAAGGAAUGCUUGGUAAGGGAAUGCCGCAACUGUUGAAGCAGAAGUAUCCAUUCAGGGAGUUGCUUACCUUAAAUAAUUCUGAGAAACCAGCAGAUUUUUGGCAUGGUCCAGAUCAUCUCUUCCCAUGUCUACCUGUUGGCAGUGAGGAAGAUGUAAAAAUAACUGGUGCAGUAAGCCCAAAUAAAUUUUAUUGUCAGAUACAGAAAUGGCAGAAAGAGUUGGAAAAUUUGACAGGAGCUAUGCAUUUGUACUAUGAAGCUCUUGUUGGAGAAAAUACUACAUCUUGUGAUAGUUUAGGGCUACUCUGUGCUGCCAAGAGGCGAAAUGGACAGUGGCACAGAGGAGUGAUAAAACAACUUCUCUCUGACCAUAUGGAGGUCUGGUUUAUGGAUUUUGGCAUUAUUGAAGCUGUGCCACCUAGUUGUAUUCGGAAACUUAAAGCUGAGUUUUUGACAUUACCAAUGAUUUCAUUUCUGUGUACGCUGUCUUGUUUUGGUAGUCAGGAUGAAACAGUAAUACAAUUUCAGCUCAAGGAACUUACACAGGCUUUAAUGGGACAAACUUCUGUGUGUGUCCAUGUUGAUUUAUACAAUAACACUGAACACUUGUAUUACAUAACUCUGCAAAAACAAAAUCUUGGAAUUAAUGCUGAGUGUCCAGAAAACCGGAAUGAGAAAGCUGCACUGUGUGUCUCGCUUUUAGAAACAAAAACCAGAAGUAUUACACCAAACGACAAACUAAGUCCUGAGAGAAACAAUUCACCUAAGAAUUACUCUGGAAACAAAGAUACAAAAACCUGCUUACCUGAAUGGGAUGUUUCUUUCUUCAGCCACUGCAAGAGUGACGAGAUGCAAAUGAACUCUUUUUAUGGAGCUUUUGUAGUAUAUGUCAUAAGUCCAUCUGACUUUUGGAUUCAAACAUGUAGAUACCAUAAUGAGUUUCAGGCUUUGAUGAAAAACAUUGCUUGCACAUACAGUCAAUGUAGAGAUGAUGAGAUGGUCCUUAAAAAGCCAGAACCUGGGUUGCUGUGCUGUGCCCGGUAUAGCAGGGAUGGGUGUUAUUACCGGGCUGUUGUCACAAAAGUGUUUCGUGUUAGCAUUGUGGUUUAUUUUUUGGAUUUUGGAAAUACAGAUACAAUACCUUGUCACAAUGUGAAAACACUGCUUCCUGAGUUUUCUGAUUUACCAGCUUUGGCUAUGUGUUGUUCCCUUGCUCACACAUUUCCUGUUGAUGGUGUGUGGGUUAGAAAAGAAACUGAUUUCUUCAAAAAUGUGGUGUUGAACAAACCACUGCUGCUUCAUGUCAUUGGAAAGCAAAACAACAAGUACAUUGUUAAUGUGCAGUGUCAUACUGAUUUCCUGCAAGGAAAUGUUGCCGCAUGUAUGGUUCAAGCUGGUUAUGCUGAGUAUCAGCUAAAGCCCCCAAAUUCUGUUCUGAGGGCAGCAAAAAAGCGGCACAACAGGAAUCACCUCAAAUGUAAAAAAGAAAAAAUCAAUGCAGAGAACACCAGUAAUAUUUGCAAAAAUAAGGUAACUGGAAGUGGAGACAUACUUCAGAAGGAAAAAUCAUUAAGUGUGCUGCCAGUGCCUAGAGAAUCUGUUGUGCCAUCUUGUUUUGGAGAAGGUGCUGUCUCUAAAACGCAUAAAUCAGUAUGUGAGGAAAAAUUAGUUUAUAAAGAGCUUGUGUUUAAACCAGGAGCUGUAUAUGAAGUGGUAUGUUCUUGCAUUUUUUCCCCAUCAGAUUUUUCAUGUCAGCUGCAAAGCAACCUGCCAGAGCUAGAUAACUUAAUGGGACAAAUUCAGACUUACUAUAAAGAUCAUACCAGUCCCUACAAAACUGGACAGGUUGCCUGUGUUGUUAAGUGUCCCAAGGAUGGGAAGUGGUACAGAGCAGCUGUUGUGCAGCAGGUAUCCACAAAUGAAGUUGAUGUGGUUUUUGUAGACUAUGGUUAUCGGGAAAGAGUUUCACUUAAAGAUCUUCAGGGUGUUCUUCCAGAUUUCCUAACUCUAGAAAGUCAAGCAUUUCGAUGUGGACUUAAAAAUGUAGUCUUACGGACUAACUCAAUUAACUGGUCUGAAGAAGUGCAUAGACAAUUUGAAGACUUCAUUUCUUCUUGUAGAGGACCACUGACUUGCACCAUUUAUGCUCUUGUUCUUGUGAGCCCCAACUGUUUAUGCAAUGUAGUUGACUUACAGACUCCACUUACUAGUGUAGAGGAAUUCCUCAGAGAACGUGGUCUCACCCAAUCUGAUUAUGUUGGACUGAGAAACCUUUCAUCAUUGGGUUCUCUGUACAGUUUUUGCUAUUCAUCUUUUAAUAUAAAAAUUGGAAGCGAGGAGGAAGUUUAUAUAACUCACAUAAAUAGUCCUUCAAAAUUCUAUUGUCAUCUUAAUCGAAACACUGAAACUCUUGGGGCAUUGAUGAAGAAGGUUAGUGACCUUAGUAAAAUGUCAAAUAAUGCAAAUUAUCAUACUGGCAAUACACGACUGUGUAUAGCCAGAUAUGUGGAAGAUGGUCUCUUUUACAGAGCUUUGGCUUUUCCUGUGGAAUCGACAUCCUUUCUCUGGGUUGACUAUGUGGAUUUUGGAAAUAAGAGUAUGGUGGAGAGAGACCACUUGAUGCCUAUUCCAGAUUCUGCCACUGACCUACUAUUCACACCCAUGCAAGCUAUUCAAUUCUGUCUAUCAGAUCUUAGGGGGACAGAAUUUCCAGCAAGAAUUACUACAUGGUUUGUGAAAACAUUCCGUGGUAAACUGCUGAAGGCUGUAAUCUUAUCCAGAGAAUCAGAUGGAAAGAUUGUUGUGGAGUUGUAUGAUGGACAGCUCAAAGUAAGUCAGAAAAUUAAAGAAAAGGUAUUGGAAGAGUUGGCACAGGAAAGCCAUAUGGAACAAUUUAGAAGUAAUGAAGGAGAGAUACAUCACAUGAAAGAUGACAAAGAAAUUAAUAAAGUAAGUGUUAAAGAUCCUGAAAUACUUAAAUUGAAAACUGAAGUGAAAUGCCAAGUCUAUGAUGAAUAUUACCGGGCAGAUACUGGUGAGAAUUUUGGAGAUGAAGAGCAAACUGCUUGUAGCUCACCAAAGUUGUGUAGUGGAUUCUCAAAACAGCAAACUUUACAGGACAGCAAAGAGCAAGGUUUUAGAAAUACUUUCAGUGCUGUUCUGGAGAAUGGAGAGGAACCUUGGAGUGAACAACCUGCUUCUCACUCACUCUCUUACUCUGCUUUAAAUUCAAAGGAAAUAACUGUAAAUGCUCUCUCUGAAUCUCAUAAUGAAAGACUAAAUUGUACAGGUCAGCAGAAAAGGAGUAAUAAAAAUAUACCUACAUUAAUCAGUCUUCCUCAACGUGAUAUCCAGGUGAAUACUGAAGUAGCAGGUUAUAUUUCUCAUAUGAAUAGUCCAUCAAGUUUCUAUGUUCACUUUGCAGAGGAUGAAAACUUAAUAAUGAAACUAGCAGAUGAUUUAAACGAAAGCUUGGAGAAUAGAGGUCGUGAAAACCGCUUAGAUGAGCUGAUGGUAGGGGAUCUCAUUGUAGCAGAGCACGAUGCUGAUUGUUUUUACUAUAGAGCAGUUAUUAAAACUCUGAAACCAGGAAACUCCUAUGAGAUAGAAUUUAUUGACUAUGGUAAUGCUGCAGUUGUAAGUUCAUCAAAAAUCUGCAGGAUUCCAGAAAAGUUCUUAACUCUGCCAAGGUUUAGUGUUCACUGUUUCCUUAGCAGUGUAAAAAGUGUUCCUGGUGAAAGCUGGACUAAGGAAAGUGCUGCUUAUUUUGCAAGAACAGUAAGCGACAAGCCAGUAGCUUGCAAGUUCUUACAGCAACAUGGAGAAAAAUGGGAAAUAGAUGUAAUUUGUGAUGGAGAGUCUUUGUCUAACAGCCUUUUGCAGGAAAUAGACAGCACAAGGUGGAAAAGCAGAUGGGUGUUUGCUUUGGAAAAUAAACCUAAACAAAAUGGUAGUCCUCAAGAGUCUAAGAAUAGUUUAGGUGGUCAAAAUAAAACUAAGGCUACUAGGAUGAAAAAUAUUUCUGUAAAAUCCUUAAGUCUCCUUCAUCGAGUUUUAAAUUCUGGACAAGUAGAAGCAGCAGAAGUGGUUAAUAUUUUGAAGAGUGGAGAAUUUUAUGUGCAGUUACUUAAAAAUGUGCAAAUACUACAUGAGUUAAAUGUAAUGCUUGACAAAGAAGCACAAAGAAGUGGUUUACUUAAAGUGGAUGACAUUGAACAAGGACUGGAAUGCAUUACACAAUCUGAAAGGAACUUAAAGUGGUAUCGAUCAAAAGUGAUAAAGAAGUUUGUCAGGGAAAAGUUAAUGCUAGUUUUUUUCAUGGAUUAUGGCACAUAUGAGAUGGUGUCCUUAAAUAAUGCAAAGAUGCUCAGUGAUGAGAUUAAAAGUAUUCCUAAACAAGCUGUUUUUUGUAGGUGGAUUUGUUUUAAAAACCUGAAGAAAAUUCACUUAGGCCGCGUAGCAAGUGCACUCCUGGAUUGUGAAAUAAGGAUCUUGUUUUUGAGAUACUUGAAAUCCUUUGAUGUCUGGGAGGUAAAUAUUUUAAUAGGAGAAGUUACACUUCAGGAGUAUUUGAACCAACUAUUAAGUCGUUGUUGGACAAUUGUUGGACCAGAAAAAUGUGGUAAUACACACUGUAAGGAGUUUGAUACAUCAUUCAAGAUAAAUUCAGUCAUGUGGAUGCUGCUGCGUAGUGGCAGAACAUAUCCUGGGUGUGCAGCUGCAGUUACUGAUCCUUCAAACUUCAGCGUCCAGUUUGAAGUCUUCUUUGAUUGCAUGCGAAACUUGUCAUCGCUGCUCUCUGACCUUCCUGACAACUUGCCAGCUCUGUCAGAAGAACAUGUGACGCCUGGUGCUAGCUGCUUGAUUGAGUUUGGGCAGGAAGCACAGUGGUACAGGGCAGAAAUUAAUGAAGUAACAAGUCAGUCUGUUGCUCUUACAUUUAUUGAUUAUGGCUUUCUGAGAAGCAUCCCUUACUCUGAUAUCCAUAAACUUAAAGUUGUUCCAGAAAGUCUGUUAUACUUGCCACGCUUGGCACACUCUUGCUCUUUGCAUGAUACAGUUCCUGGCAAGGGGGAACACUGGAGUGAGGAAGCUAUACUUCUGUUUCAGAAGCUUCUUCAUAAACCGGGUCUCAUAUUUCAUUUUAUCCACUAUAGCUCUGAAAUGAAGUUAGAGGUGGAUAUUCUGUGUGAGGACAGCAAUCUAUCUGAUGCCUUAAUUGCUGCAGGCCAUGCAGUCUGCUCUCACAGUAGGUGCUGUCCCAUUCCGGUUGACAGACUCUAAUCAGAAAAAAGAAUUGCAAGUGAAGUGGCCAGAUUCUAGUUACUAUGCUUUUGUUUGUGAACCAGAAUAUAAUUAUGAUGAAAAUUCUGAUUUUGCUGACAGAAGUCAGGCAAAAAAGAGAAACAAAAAAGCCGUUUGAAGCACACUAUUAGCUAUAAAAAAGUUUCAAAGAGGAAAGUCUGGUAAAGUGGCUGCUGGAAUAUCAUUAACAAAGGAUCUGAGUUUACACAACACUAAAAGAAAAGAAAACCUACAAAAGAUGGACAAUACUGUGAAGAUGUUGGGAUUUUUUUAAGCAUUAUGAUGACAAGAAAAGUAAAAGUUGUCAUAAUACAGAGUAAAACUGCUACUGCUACUCUUGUCAUAAUACAGAGUAAAUCUGCUACUGGCUGAGACUUGUGAUUUAGAUGUUCUACAGUCUGGAAAGACAGUGUGUGAAGUUACUGUCAAAAGAAUUAGUUGAAUAAUCAGUAGGCUGCAGUUAGAAAAGCACUACUUCAAAUCAAAAUGAACCAAACAACCUUUUUGUUGGAAUGCUUUCAAAGUUUAUAUAUAUAUAUAAAACUUCUUGUGCAGUAACAUCUGGAUUACAGUGUUGAUGUAUCCAUGUUUUGGGUGUUCAGAAAACAAAGAUGCCAGCCAUGUUCUUUUCUUUGUUUCUGAUUCCAGAGUUUCCAUGGGAGAACAGUUUUUCUUGUUAGGAGAAUGUUUACUACUAUUAAGCCAAAAAUCUGGAUCCCCAUUUAUGAGAGAGACGUGCAUUAAGUUGUUUUCAAUUAGCUGUUGAUGUACAGAUGCCAUUGUCCCUUCUGAAGUUCUCUUGGUAUCUCAGUUGCUUCAUUUUGGGGUUUUUCACUCUGCCAGGUGUGUGUGGUCCACUGAUCUCUCUCCUGCGUCUUCCUCCCCAUCUAUCAGAAUGAAGAGAGGGAGUUAUCUCCAGGUGUUCUGUCAAUAUACUGUCAAGUCAAAAUAUUGUGUCUUAAAGGGAAACAUACAGAACCUUUUCUUUAUUUCUCCUUUGUGGGAGGAGGAGAUUUCAGAAUUGAGAAGUGAUGGUAAUACUAUGUAUCUUAGAAGGGUGGUUUUUUUCAGUAUCUAGUCUGAAAUGGUAUGAAUUCGUCAGCUGUUCUUCUGAUUUACUAAUUUAUUUAUUUUAUUUUUUCCCCUCACCUCCUUCCUGAGUUGUUUGGACAAAGAUAAAGUAUGAAGAGUCCUGAAGUGUGAGGGGUUUUCUUUGUAUAUUCUGUGAUUGUUUGAAUUUCUGAGAAAAUGAAUACAACACUAAUGAUAGACAGCAAAUCUAAUGCAUCUGUAGAAGAAAAGAAGACCUAAAAACACACAUCCCUUCCCCUUCCCCCCCCCCCCCCCCCCCAAUAUAUUUAAUUCAUAUGAAAAAACCUGAAAGCUUUAUCUGGAAAACAGAUUUUUAAAUUUUUUUUCAGUAAGAGAGACAUGUCUGAGAAAGUCAAAUAAAUAAGGGGUGAGACAAUGCCAGCUGAUCUUUACAAGGCUCACUCUGCUGGUGAAUUGUUCUUGAAGCUUAUAAUAUUUUCAGUCUACAAGUGAAAAAUGCCCAUUACUAACAAAUCAGAAAAUGUGUAAGAUAGAAUUUCUCAAAUAAAUGCUAUUUAAAAUAUCAGUAGUGUUAUGUUAAUAUAUUGAUUAAAAAAAGGGGGCUCGUAGCCAUUUGUGAUUAAUUAUUUUCUUUAUAUUGCACUGUUUCUUUAUAUUUCAAAAUGUCAUGUUUUUCCUGCUUAAAAUUGUAAGCUUACCUGGCACAUUCUUUGUCAAUAAUUAGACAUACUGCUGGUUGUUGGUAUAAAACACAAAGGUUGUAUUGUGCAACAUACUCAGUUGAGCGAUGACUUUACACUUGCUGUGCUGGUUCACUGUAGUGCCAUGUAGAGACACUGACACUUCAGUGUUAAUUAACAGUGAUUGUAACUUCUGGCUGUCUUUCAGUUGGAAAAGUAGGAUCUUGGGCAUCUCUUGUUUUUAAAAAUCAUUUGGAUACCCUAAAUGCAGACAUGUUGUGUACAGUAAUACUUGCAUGUUUUAAGUUAGAUGUGUUUUUUGCUAACGUAUAUUGUGCUUUAACUUGUAUGUAGUUGUAGAAUAUUGCUUCUCUAAUGUUACAAAAUGGAGCCUAUAAAUGAUGUAUGAAUAAGAAAAAAACCAGCUGUGUGUACUAUUUUUAUGUCCUGCAAAUUGCAAAUGGUAGAUUUAUUUGCAAAAACAUGUGUUUUGUUUUCAACUCGUAAUGAGACUAACUCAUGAUAGUAAUUCCUUUUCUGAAGGUCUGAUACUCAAACUGCUUCAAGUAAAGAUUAGAUAAUUGAGAGUAUUUCAGGAUUAUACUGCGUCUGUAAAUAUAAAGAAUGUCUUGUUGCCACUGUUGAUGAAGAUUCUCAGAAGUGCAUUACAAGGAUGUGUUAUGAUUGUUAGAUUAAGUUCCUGGGAGGUCUGGCUGUGUAUUUUAUGCCCAGUUCUCUUUCUCUGGUGUGUACCGCUGCUGUUGCCAACCUCAGCUGUAACAGCAUUUUUCUUGUAAGAAGGAGAAGCUAUGCUCAGAAUCUAGUUGAAAGAAGUUGUCAAUUAUUUAGUGUGUAGAAGUUUAGGUGUAUUUUCCUAUUUGUUUUAGAACAAGCAUGAUGCUGAACAAAUGCAGUACUUUGUGUAGUAGUAAAUUUUUUUUGCUAAAAUUUAAUUUGAAAGUAAUUUUGUAAUUUUUUUGUAUUUUUGUAUUUAUUUAUAAUGUGUCAUUGAUUACUGUGGUUAUUUUUAUUUUUAGUCCAUGAAAGUGAUGGAGAACCAGUUUCGUUUGUUUGGUAUUCAGAAUGUUAAUAUGUAUACUGCC